CUAUUGACGGUCGAUUAGCAUCUCAUCGCCAUUUAAGUACGAGCGCUCCCGUAUCUUUGCGUCUCUUGCAGCUUGCAGCGUAAACGGAACGUCGUUAUCGCACAAAUCUUGAAGAACUUGAAGAACGCAGCGUUAGGUUGGUGACACUGGCCGCGACGCCCGCGACCGCGGACGGCACCAUAACCUGCAAAUCGUGAAAGAGUGUUUAUCAGCCCAUCGAGAUGGUCGACGAGUCGACGAAGAAGACUUUGAGUAACAUUCCGUUGUUGCAAACGAAAGCCGGUCCCAGAGACAAAGAUUUGUGGGUGCAGAGGUUGAAGGAGGAAUAUCAGGCUCUCAUCAAGUAUGUUAAAAAUAAUAAGGAGGCGGACAAUGACUGGUUUCGACUGGAAUCGAAUAAGGAAGGCACCAAGUGGUUUGGCAGAUGCUGGUACAUGCAGAAUUUCCUGAAGUACGAAUUUGAUGUAGAAUUUGAUGUGAGUGACAUUGCUCGGCUCCUUUUUCUUACUUUAUUUUUUAUUUAA